AUGCCGUCAGCAGUAUUAGAAAAGCCUUUGAAUGAAAUAAAUAAGUCCAUUUCUACUACGGCUAAUGUCCAUUUCAUCAAUGAUCCUACGCUAAGUGAACAGUUCGACACCAUUCAAUUAUCGUUCGAACUUUUCAUACGUGUGUUCCCUGACACUGGUAGCGAUGAUUCCAAUAAUAUGUCUGAAAACAAGUUCGUCUUGAUCAAAUUGUUGGGUGCUCCAGAUUACUUUAAAGAAUUCAAGAUCUAUCGGGUUACAUCUAUUGAUCAUAGUGCACCCACGUCCAAUUCGGUUAUAUUUAUAAAUCAUUCAAACUUGUUGAAAUUCGACAAUCAAUUAACGUUGAAUAGUUGUGUUAUUCAGUCGAUCGAUUAUUCGUGCAUUCCUACUAUAGAAUCAUUGUUUGUUUCGGUUCCACCAAAUAUUUAUCUGACUUUGCAUGAUAAACCACUGACGUCCAUUCGUGAACAAUUUAUUAAUACUUUUUUGUUGAACAGUGGUUCGGUUGUCGGCACAGGUGAUAUUAUUAGGUCUAUAAAUGGUGAAGUCAAGUUAAGUGAACCUGUGUCUCAAGGUAUAGUUAGCAAUAAUACCAACAUUGUGCUUAUCAAAACUGUGGAAAACAAUAAUGAUGAUAUAGACUACAAUGAAAAGGAAAUAGAAGAUCAGGAAGUUUCUGAGGAUGAUUUGGAUUCUGAAAUACAUUUGGAUUUGUCUACAUAUUUGUCGUCGUCUUUGCAAAUUGACUCACCGGCAGUCCACUCUGUCAAGUUAAAGGUUGAACCACUUCCAGCAAAAAUGAGUGUCGACAUGUUACCGCCUAUAUGGCUUAAAGAAGAUACGGAAUUAUUUGUGUUUGCCAAUACGGCAGAAUUGCCAAAGUUAGGCUUUCCAGUGUUUAACGGAGAUUCUGUAAAACUUAAUUAUAAUAAUGACAAAAUGAUUGUUAAACUCUUUACAUUCAUUGAGCCAAACAAGUCUUUUCGCAGAAGAACGCUUUAUCUAUCUCCUAUAUUACUUGCUAACUUGAAGCUUUCUUCGAAUAGUGAAGUUACCUUGGAACCUAUCAGACAAAGAGAUCACCCAUUUACCAAUUUCUUUCCAGUUGCUAAAUCGGUAACUAUAUCAAGGGUCUCCUCUCAUAUCACAAUGGAUAAAACUUAUCAGCAACAUUUUUUUUCUGAGUUGAAGACAACCUUUCAUAAAAACCUCAAGUGUGUUAAACGAGGUGACUUUGUACCUGUGGUUAUUGAUACGGUAUUAGCAAAAACUAUGUUCGAUACUAAUAAUCUUAUUCAGCAGCAACAACAAUUACAACCUGGUGAAGAAGAGAAUGCACCCGACAUGGGGGUAAUUCCAACCGGCGAUCCAGAUGAGGUGGCAUGGUUUAAGAUUGUGGAUAUUAGUGGCGAGUCUCAUGAAAAUGAAACUAAUCAAUUUAUCAUAGAUCCUACGAAAACAAGAUUGAUUUCAUCAGGAGUAGAAUUUAUUAAAUUACCGCCUAAUGAUUUUACUCAUUGGUACCAAUAUUUGAAACUACCACCUGUAUUUAACUUCAACAAAGCCAUUGAUUCAAACCCUACAUGUUUCAAAUAUGUAAGCGAAUUUAAGAAAAUUGUAACUACAAGUUUAAAUUCUCGGUCGAAGAUUAACUUGAAAACUACAAUCUUAUUGAAUUCCAUGACUAGAGGUUUGGGUAAAACGACCAUGGUUAGAAGCGUUUCUACUGAAUUGGGACUUAAUUUAAUAGAAUUAGAUUGUUUUGACUUGAUCAAUCCGGGCGCUGAAUUGAAGACAAUUGGUCUCCUCACGGGUAAAAUAGAUAAACUUAUUGGUGCACAAGAAAAUUCAACAGAUACGGAUUCCUCAUAUCACGUCAUAUAUUUGAAACAUAUUGAAAAUCUAUGUGCUCAGAGUAACCAAAAUGAACAGGGAGCAAACAUAACGACUUCUUUGUCGUUAAAGGUUAUUCAAACAUUGAAUGAGUAUCUCAAUGAUUACUCGAAUUUAAUGAUUAUAAUGAGUUGUAAUGACUUGGAUAAGUUGAAUGAAAAUUUGAGACUGUUAAUUAAGUUCCAAAUUGAUUUCAGUGUUCCCGAUGAAAAGGAAAGAUUGGAAGUUUUUAAGUUUUUAAUCGAAAAUGAAACUCACAAACUUAUUAAUUCUAAUAAUCCGGAACCAUUUGAGGAUAGGGAAGAAUUUGAAGAUCAGUUUGAUGUAUCCACAGUUUCAUUUAGCAGAAGACAUGAUAUCAGUUUCUCUUCGUUAGCUUUACAGUCGGCAGGUUUAACACCUCGUGACUUGAUGUCUAUAAUUAAAAAGGCAAAGCGGUUGGCAAUCAGCAGACUAAUGGGCCUUGCUAAAGACAGUAAUAUUUCUUUAGAAAAAUUAAUUAAAGUUGGUAAUGGUGGUUUAAUAACUUGGAUUCCAGAGGAUUUUAAUAAGGCUAUUAAUGAUGCACGUAACCAAUUCAGUGAUUCUAUUGGGGCACCACGUAUUCCAGAUGUUAAAUGGGAAGAUAUUGGAGGUUUAGAUUUAGUUAAGGAUGAAAUCAUGGAUACCAUUGAUAUGCCAUUAAAGCAUCCAGAGUUAUUUAGUAAUGGACUUAAGAAAAGAAGUGGUAUAUUGUUCUAUGGUCCACCAGGUACUGGUAAGACUUUACUUGCUAAGGCUAUUGCUACUAACUUUUCGUUAAAUUUCUUCAGUGUCAAAGGUCCUGAAUUGCUUAACAUGUAUAUUGGUGAAUCUGAAGCAAAUGUUAGACGAGUCUUUCAAAAGGCCCGGGAUGCAAAGCCAUGCGUUAUCUUCUUCGAUGAAUUGGAUUCUGUGGCUCCUAAGAGAGGAAAUCAAGGUGAUUCUGGUGGGGUUAUGGACAGAAUUGUUUCCCAAUUAUUAGCAGAAUUAGACGGUAUGAGUGGUGGUGCUGAAGGCGGAGGUGAUGGUGUUUUCGUAGUGGGUGCUACAAAUAGGCCUGAUUUGUUGGAUGAAGCUCUUUUAAGACCGGGUAGAUUCGAUAAGAUGUUAUACUUGGGUAUUUCAGAUACCGAUGAAAAACAAUCCAAGAUUUUAGAGGCAUUGACUAGAAAAUUCAAGUUGGCUGACAAUGUUGACUUGUAUGAAAUUGCGAAGAGGUGUUCUUUUACCUUUACAGGGGCUGAUUUCUAUGCGUUAUGCUCGGACUCGAUGUUAAAUGCUAUGACCAGAACGGCAAAUGAAGUGGAUGCCAAGAUCAAAAAGCUCAACGAAGAGUUGACGUCCCAAGGAAAAGAAGAAAUAUCUACCAGAUGGUGGUUUGAUAAUGCUGCAACGCCAGAAGAUAUCGACGUAUUAGUUCAAAUGGAGGACUUCAAGAAAGCACAAAGCGAACUUGCGCCAUCUGUGAGCGCCGAGGAAUUGGAGCACUACUUACGGGUGAGAGAGAAUUUCGAGGGAGGCAAAGAGAAGGCCAUGGCUAACGGUACCACCAGUGCUGCCAACGGCACCUCGCAAGGUAUUCCCCACGAGUUUAUGCAAAAGGUUGAGGAACUAAUUGGCGAUGGAAUCGACGGCAUCGUCGACGAGAACGGUAAUCACAUACAUGCUUCCAGCGACCACUAG